GGCGAUCUUUACAAUGAUCCAUAUCGCUCAUAACCUAACCUGCCCGGCUGCCCAACGGAUUCUUUAUUAUUAAAACCGCGACAACAUGAUAAAAAAUUUUUCUUGUGCGACAGUAUAGACAGUAUCGACAGUUGUUUCUAUGUGCGACAGUACCGCCAGUAUCGGUCGUUAAGCAUGCCACGCGCUCUUCAGUACUUUGACACUUACUAAAUAUUAGUCGCUAUAGACAGUGUUCAACCUUCAACGGUCAUAACUUAUCUAUUAGUUAUACCGGUGCUAACUGCUAUCGUUUCUAAUCGUCGUUGUGUUGUCUCCUGUAAGUUAUAGUAGUUUUUGCAUUUCUUCAACGCAGGCACGCAGCCAAAGUCCGUUCAUACGUGGAGUAGAUACCUACUUAACUUGUUUUAUAUUAUAAUUACUUACUAUUAUCCAUCCCAACAUCAUCGUCUUCGCCAUUUUUGACUGUUUUUGGACAGCUAAGAUUUAUAUUAUCUGGGAUAUUAUCCGUCGUGUUGAUCACAAUUUUACUAUACUACUAUGAAAUUGUUAAUUCAAAUCGUAAACAAGCUACAAGAUGUAUUUGCUGUGAUUGGUGAGCAUAAAAUUGAAUUACCUCAGAUUGUUGUCGUCGGAUCUCAGAGUUCGGGAAAAAGCUCAGUCCUGGAAAGUUUGGUCGGUAAAUCUUUUUUACCUCUAGGUACGGGUAUUGUAACUCGUGCUCCACUUAUACUGCAAAUGAUUAGGUAUUCCAAAGCAGACCUAGAGGACAUGAUAAAAUUAACAAAUAAUCAUAAUAUUAAAUGUUGGGCAACUUUUCUUCAUAAACCUAGUAAAAUUUAUGAUAAUUUUAAUGAAGUAAGAUAUGAAAUAGAAAAUCGGACCAAUGUUCUGGCUGGUGCUAACAAAGGCAUUACCCAUGAGCCAAUUGUACUUAAAAUUUUUACUCCUUCAUAUGAUCUUACAUUUGUAGAUUUGCCUGGUAUUACAAAAGUACACGUUGGCAAUAAAUCUGAAUAUACCAACAAACAAAUACAAGAGCUCAUAUUAAAAUAUGUGCAACAGCCAAAUUCAAUAAUUUUAGCUGUCGUAACUGCAAAUACAGAUCUGAGUACAUCGGAAAGUUUAAAAAUUGCUAGAAAAAUGGAUCCAGAAGGUGUAAGGACAAUAGCCGUGGUGACUAAACUAGAUCUCAUUGACAAAGGUACAAUUCAAGAUACUACUAAUCUACUCUGUGGUCAUAAAAUUCCUGUGAAACUGGGCAUAAUUGGAGUGGUCAACAGAAGCCAGAAAGAUAUUAUCAACAAUAAAUUGAUGAAAGAAACGGUAAAAAGUGAAAAAGAAUUUUUGAGAUUAAACUACCCUAAUAUCUACAAAAAUCAUGGUAACAAAGAGUUAGCUAAAAAAAUACAAGGUAUUUUGGUAAGACAUAUUAAAGAAACUUAUCCAAUAUUGCUAAAAAAAUUAAACGACUCAAAAAUAAGACUACAAAAUGAGUUAAGAACAUUAAAAACACCUGACAGCAAGGUAUCAUUUGUACUAGGCUUAUUUAAAGAUAUAUACAAGUCAUAUUGUGAUACCAUACAGGGAAAUAGAAAAGAUGUUUCCGAUAAAAUAGUCAUGGGUGGUGCUGGAAUUGCACAAAUAAUCAAUGAAGAAUAUUUAGAAAAAGUGAAUAAUAUUGAUCCUUUACUUGACUUAUCUGAAGAACAGAUAAGAAUUAUUUUACUGAACACAGCCGGAAUUACCAAAAGUUCAUUCAUUAAUCUAAAAGCCUUGGAAAAUAUGAUAGGCAGACAGCUGAGUAAUCUGAUUGCACCAUCCUUGUCCUCUGUAGAUUUUGUACGUGUGGAGAUGCUGAAAAUGUAUGAUUCAAUUGAUGAAAACAUUUUGCAAAUAUUAAAAAGAUAUCCAAAGAUAAAUUCUGAUGUAAGAAAUGUCCUUAAUACAAUGUUGGAUGAAAAACUUAUAAAUUUGAAAGAAUCUAUAAUAUCUCACAUUGAGACUUACCAGACAUGUUUGAAUAUGACCAACCCAUUGUUUUUGUUAAAAUUAGUCCGCUCAUCUAUAGUUGAGUGCAAUACAGCGGAUGGUAAUGAUGGUACAUUUGAUGAUAAUGGUACAUUUGAUGAUAAUGGUACAUUUGAUGAUGUUCUUACGAUAUCUGAUAAUCAAAAUAAGGAUAAUGAAGAAAGUGAUGAAGAAAAAGAAGAAGAAGAAGAAGAAGAAAAUAAAAUACAAAAGUUUAAACUACUGUUAUCUGGGUUAAAUGACUCAGACCAAACUGUUAAAAGUUCAAAACAAGUUAAGAUACAUAAACGCUUAACUUAUUGUUAUUUUGAAUUUAUCAGAGAAAUCUUAGGGGACUAUGUACCAAAGAGAAUACAACAUAAAAUGGUGAAUUUAGUUUUGGAUGAUUUUGAACAUAACUUGAGUGAAAAAGUUUUUACACCUUACGUAUUGAACCAGUCGUUUGAUGAAGUAUUAGUUGAAGAAGAUGGAAUUGUUGAACAUCGUAUAAAAGUUGAGCAAUUAUUAGAUGCGGUAAAUAAAGCAUUACAAAAUAUGAUAGAUAUUCAAUGUUUUUGAUUAAUAUUUAAAAAAUACAAUUAACUAUAUAUUA